AAGCUUUGGACAACAGGACGAAUCCGAAGCUUUUAUUGGCUUCCCGCAUUAAUCGUACGCCCAUCCUCUUGUUGCGCUCUGACCAGAGGAAUCCCCCUCAGAGUAGAGUUUUGAAGAUGAACUUGUCUUACUUGGUAGCUUGUGGACUUAUGGUCACGUUGCUUUCGGGGAGGAUGCGCGCAAAACCUUUAUCUGAGGCGCAGCAGAAGUCUCUCAGAGGUUUGCUGGGGGACGAGCUGACGGAUUUUCUGGAGGCGGAGGAGCGGGACAGGCGGGUAGAUGCUGUGCGCGCUCGGAUGCGCUUACUGCGAGAUUUACGCAUGGACACCCGGAGAGGGAUGUGGGCUCGGCUGCUCAACGACCAGCCCCCACCGAGGAAGCACAAACCUGGAAGCAAGAAAGGGGGUUCCACGGCGCGGAGUGGCUGUUUCGGACAUAAGAUGGAUAGGAUAGGGACCAUCAGUGGUAUGGGCUGCUAGUAUUGGAUCACAGCUAUUUGACGAUCUCUGAAGGAUGGGUUUGGAAAAGAUCAUUUUGUUCUCACCUGAAGGGAAAAAAAGAAACUCAACAAGUGUCAGAUUUUCUGUACGAAAGUCAUCAUGACCAGUAUAAAAAGAGACUGACUGACAGUGCUACAAAAACCUCAUAUAAAUAUAUCUAAUAAAUAUGCAGUUACCUGUAUAUAAAUAGAUAUAUACCAUAAAAAAUAUUCAGACAAGGUGUAAAAACUACCAACUGCAAGGCUGUAUAUUGCUGCUACUGUACAUCCAUGUACUACAUCUUCCACCUACAAAAAUGUAUUUAUGUUAAGAACUAUUUAUAUGUUUAUAAAAAAAAAGAGGUAUUUAUAAAUGAGUUUUAUUUAUGUAACAUUUUGAAA